AUGGAUCGCGAUACCAAACUCCACGACGACAGCGAGGCCACAGCCCCCAAUGUCAACAAGACACGAUCGGCCGACCAGCACGAUGUAGCCAUCAACGCGUCCGGCCACGUCCAGGAACUCGAGCGCAACUUCAAUCUGAUAUCCCUCGCCGGUGUCGGAUUGGUAGUCGGCAAUGUCUGGCCAGCGAUCGGAGGAUCCAUCCUCGUCGCCAUCUUCAACGGCGGUCCCCCGGGCGUCCUGUACGAGUUCGUCGCCGUGUCGGUCUGCUACUGGACUGUCGCGGCCAGCAUCGCUGAGCUAGCGAGCGCCAUUCCUUCGUCCGCCGGAGUGUACCACUGGGCCUCCGUCACACCCGGCCGUCGAUGGGGCCGCAUCGUGGGCUUCUUCGCCGGCUGGUGGAACUACCUCGCUUGGAUUCUCGGCGCGGCCAGCAUGGCAUCGAUCUUCGGCAACACGGUAGUCCAGAUGUACGCGCUCAACCACGCGGGUUUCGAGGCCAAGCCCUGGCACGUCUUCAUCGUCUACAUCAUUGCGACAUGGCUCGCAUGUGCCAUCGUCUGCAUGGCUAACAGUGCCAUGCCGCGAAUCAACGACUUUGGUGUCUUUGCGAUUGUUGCAGGUUUCCUCAUCACUAUCAUCACUGUAGCCGUCAUGCCUGGCCGGGGUGGACGGCCGCCGCAUGCAUCUUCCUCCUUUGUUUGGACCGAGUGGACCGCCGACAUCGGAUACCCGAAUGGCUUUGUCUUUGUAGCCGGAAUGCUGAAUGGAGCUUUCAGUGUCGGUGCCGUCGAUGCGACGACCCAUUUGGCGGAGGAGAUUCCGAACCCUCAGCGCAACGUCCCAAUCGCUCUCGGCUUGCAGCUGAGCAUCGGCUUCAUCACUGGUUUCUGUUACUUGGUCACUAUUAUGUACGCGAUCAACGACUAUGAUGCUCUCUUCGAAUCCCCGUACCCGAUCGCCGAGAUCUACCGUCAGGCAACUGGCUCCGCUGCCGGCGCGACCGGUUUGCUCGCCCUCGUCCUCAUCUGCAUUGGUCUGACGCUCAUGGGAUUGUACAUCACUUGCGGCCGCACGCUAUGGGCCCUCGCCCGUGACGGCGCGAGUCCCCGUCCCGCCCUGCUCGGACAUAUUAACCCAAGGCUGGGCAUGCCCAUGUGGUCUACGGUCUUGUCAGCCAUCCUGGUUACCAUUCUCGGAGCAAUCUACGUCGGCAGUACGACGGCUUUCAACGCUUUUGUCGGAAGUUUCAUUCUUCUUUCAAGCAGUUCCUAUCUCGCUGCCAUACUACCCAAUCUCCUUUCGGGGAGAAAGAUGAUCGCGUACGGUCCCUUCCAUAUGCGUGGAUGGAUUGGCUUUGCCAUCAACGGCGUUGCGUGCUCUUACAUGCUGGUGUGGUUCGUCAUCUACUGCUUCCCUUUCGCCCUGCCGACAGAUGCCCAGUCAAUGAACUAUGCAUGCUUGAUAUGGGGUGGCCUCACCAUAUUCGUUGGUCUCUGGUGGAUGCUAGGGGCAAGAAAGGGGUACAAAGGUCCGACAACCACAGGUGGUGCCGUGAUAGAAGCAGCAUCUCACCACCAUGCAGGCUGA